ACUAAAGGAUCUUCACUGAACACAAUUUCUACUGACAUCUAAGCUCCUGAUUUAACACUGAGGAGUCAGAAAGAAGAAGAAGCUGCAUGCUAAAUCACUGUUGGCCAUCUGAAAAAGGAAGUAAAACCAACCAAGACAACCACGAUGGAAACGCUUGAUCCUUCAGCUCUAUCAGAUGUCACUUCUACUGUCACCUACGACCCUAAAUCUGAGACAGUGACCUUACCAAGAGGGGUUGUCUCAGUGGCGGGCAUCACUGUGGUGACCGGGGGCGCUGAGCUGUCCUGUGGAUCCUGUAUGCUGGCCUUUGGUUUUUGGGGAACUCUCAUCGGCUUCAGUUGUGUCGCUGUGGGGCUGUGGGACCAGCUGAACCAGUCUAAAGGAGGAACAUCUCACUUACUGGGACUGGGACUAGUGAUUCUGACCCUCAGUUUCGUGGUGGUUGGAAGCGUGGUGGCAUUUUACCUCCUGACAAAGAAGAAGAGAGAGAUGACCCGAGAGCAGAGAGAGGAUGGAAAAGAAGUUCUUGUAGAGAGUGAGAGGGUAAUUAAAAAAGUCACAGUAUAA